AGAUAAAAACACCGGGACGUGAGUUACCUGUUACCACAGUGCAUAUCGAUCCGUACUUGGUACACAGGGGCAAAAAAGCCCCCUCUGCAAUACUCAUAUUGUGCAAUCAAUGUAGCUAUAUCAUAAGUUUUAGGCCUUCGAUACUCCUUUACUUUCAUUUCAUCAUCUAUGCCAGCGAAAAGGUGAAUGUUUCUGAAAAUGGACUGAACGUGACAACGUUUCUAUCAAAACUCGUUUGAUUGAGGUACUAUAGGAGAGAUUAUUCUUCUAGUAAGCUAACUGUUUGCUGGUAUAAAUUCAUUUUGAUGCGUGAUAAAAAAUAAAGGAUAAAGGAGGACUUAGGUGAGAUUUGAUCACAUCCAAACUGAAGAUGGCAUGCCGAGCUGGAAGAUGCCACCUUCGUCAAUGGGCCGCGGACACUUCCGAUCUACAUGGUCUCAAACACAUAGCAGGAUCUGGAAACAUAUUCCGACGUCUCGUCUGGCUGUGCCUCUUCUUAACUGCACUUGGUUUCUGUAUUUUUGAAUGCUACCUUGUUAUCAAGGGAUAUAUAUCUUUUAACCAUGUCACCCAAGUUGACGUCUACUACACGACUGAAGUGGAGUUUCCAGCCGUUACUGUCUGUAAUAUCAACAAAUACAGAGAAUCGGCGCUUACAGAAGAGGAUAUUAAAAAUGUCGGCGUCCACCUUGGUAUCGUAGAUGAAGAUUAUAAUCUUCUUCUCCCCGAGCUUUAUACGGAUGAGUUCAAAGACUUCAUCAAUUCUGUCAACUGGACGUCCGUGGAGGAGGAUACCGAUUACAACAUGACUGAUUUCACCAUCAGAACUGGCCACAAACAAGAGGACAUGAUCGUUUCGUGUUUGUGGAAAGAGGAGCCGUGCGAGGAGACCGAUCUGCAGCACUCAUUAACACAUCUUGGAAAUUGUUAUUCCUUCAAUAUACAAGGCGAAAACUCUGAUGAAGAUGAUUGGAAACACUCAUAUUCAGCCGGUGCAGCCAAUGGUUUACAGCUAAUCCUGAACGCUGAGAUCCCGGAGUACACCCCUAGCAAUGAUCUCGACUCAGGAGCCAUGGAUGCAGGUCUAAGGAUCAUGUUCCAUUACCCGACCGAACCACCUUACCCCAAAGAACUGGGCUUCUCGGUCUCGGCGGGAGAUCACUCAUUCAUCUCUAUGCGACAUGAAAAGAUCACGAGUCUGCCAUGGCCAUACACGGAAUGCGAAACGGACGGAGGGGACAUCAUCACCCACUUCGGCCACUACUCUCUUCAGGCUUGUAGAAUAGAGUGCGAGACCCUGGUCAUCGAGGCCGAGUGUGGAUGUCGGCUUCCCGAGAUGCCUGGCGAUGCUGAAGUGUGCAGCCCGGCCGACGUCCACGAGUGCGCCCAUCCUACUUUAGUUGAUUUCAUUUCGGGUAACCUGAACUCUUCAGAGACGUGCGAGUGUUUCUCGCCCUGCCUAGUGGAAAAUUACCCUUUCACCCUCUCAACGAGCAAACUACGUCCACUAUUUCUAGAGGCCCUCUACGCCAACACUAGUACCAACUUCACAUCUGCUUACAUCAGCGAAAACAUUGCGGUGGUUUCAAUUUACUACGAGGCUCUAAAUUUCCAGACCAUUGACAUGUUACCAGAGUACACCUUUGCCACAUUGCUAGCCGUUCUCGGAGGCAAUCUUGGUCUAUUCUUGGGGGCGAGUUUCCUGACGAUAGCCCAGCUAGGCGAAUACUUUCUGGACGAGAUGAUUGGAUGGUGUAUUUGUAAAAAGAGCAAAGAAUUGGAAGAAGAAAGGAACGGUGGAAAUAAAGUUGAACCUUCUCCCACAGUGAAGACCACUGAUGCUUGGGGCGCUUGAAAAUGAAACAAGCCAUCUUUUUAUAAGCCAGUUCGUAGAUUGCUCAAUCAUGUGUAUCUUUUUUUUAUGACACUUACCAUUUUCCAAUAGGAUGUAAGCCCUCAUCAGUUUUAAAGAACAAGUCCACCCAAAUAAAAAGUUAGUUUGAAUAAAAAAAAAAAACAAUCAAAUAAACAUAACAUUGAAAAUUUCAUCCAAAUCGGAUGUAAAAUAGGAAAGUUAUGACAUUUUAAAGUUUCGCUUAAUUUCACAAAAGUUAUAUUCACAUCCAAUCGGUAUGCAAAUGAGGAGACUGAUGACAUAAUCCACUCACUAUUUAUUUUGUAUUUCAUUACAUGAAAUAUGAAAUAUUCAAAUUCACCCCCUCAUUGUCAGGUGAAACGAGGUUUAAUUCCUUCCUGAACAUGUGUAUAUAUAUCACUGUUUUAACAUUUUGUGGAUCAAACAAGAGGGUCCUUAUUGUCAAAUCUGUAAAAAUUGAAAUAUAAUGGUAUAUUAAAACAAUAAACAACAAAAGCAAUAGUGAGUGAGGGACACCAUCGACUCUCUCAUUUGCAUAUCACCGAGUUGUGCAUAUAAUUUUUUUUUUUUAAUGAGCACAACUUUAAACUGUCAUAACUUUCUUAUUUUACAUCCGAUUUUGAUGAAAUUUGUAGGACAAAAAAUGUUGACGUAACGCUCCCCUGCCAGGUGACUAAAAUAGUACGUCAGUGAUCAAAUUUGGAAAUCAUCUGUUGCAUUGUCUGGUUUAAUUUUGGCACAAUGGCUAAAUCUGGGCUACUGUCAAACAUCAGCCAUAUCAUGAAUAGUAUGUUGCUCUUCAGUGGAUGUGAUGAAAUUAAUAUUUUAACACGAAUGUAUUUAUGAAUAAUCAUCAAAUCACAAACGCUAAGGUCAGCGAAUUUGGAAAACACCCCCAAUGUUUAUUGGCAGCUCAGACUGCUAAUGUACGAAUGACAAUCACUCUUUAUUUUGGGGAUGGGAAUAAUUACUCUAAAGAACUUAGUGUAAAGUGUGUUCACAGUGUGGAACACAAAGUGAAAUUAACUUCAAACGUUUGAAAUGCUCAAGCUUUUGUGACUCACGUUCACAGAGCUCCAUUAUGUGAAGACACUGAAAACACUCACAUUGCAAAUGUGCAUGUCCACAGUUUUAAAUUAUUUUCACAUUUUUUACUCUGCGCUUUUAACAUUGUGAAUCGCAUUCUCGCACAUCAUCAAAUGUGGACACAGUGUGUGUUUUUUUGGUUUCCCUGGAACACGAAGUUCCACGGUGUCUUCAUGUUGUGUUUACAGUGUGGAACACAAUGUGCUAUCAUCUUCACGCUGUUGAAAUGCUCAAACUUAAAAUUGUGACUUUAAUAUUCACACAAAGAAGGAAGGAAACAGCACCUAUAUUCACAGAAUCCCCUGUGUGUACACACCUUGAACACUCUUACUGUAGAGAUGUCCACAGUGUCACACAGUGUGAUCACAGUGUGUUCACUGAGUGAACUAUAUGAAAAUAUUAUUCACAUUGUUAAGAUGCUCAAAUUCAACUAUGUGAAGAUAUUUUCACACUGUGAACACCUCGACAGUGUGACUGUUUACAGCGUGUUCACAUGGUCGACUAUUUGAAUAUGUGUUCAAAUUUCACAGUGGGAUGGUAAUUUAACAUCAUGUUACACACUGUGAACAAACUGUGGCACACACUAUGGGACAUUGUUAUUUCCAGUAUGGUUGAGCAUUCUAGCAUUAAGAAUCGCAUCUCUACACAUCAUAUCCUAGUAUUCGAUCACAUUGAGCGGUAUCAUAAUCUCAUUUCCAGCAGGAAGUUAGUACCCCUAGAACGCAGUGUUCCACAGUGUGGAACACAAAGUGAAAUAAUCUUCACACUUUUAAAUGCGCAAAAAUCAGCAAGGUCACACUUACUUUCAUAGAAUUAACUAUGUGAACACACUGUGAGUACUCACAUUGCAGAGGUGUCCAUUGUUUGAAGUUGUCUUCAUAUUAUUAAAUUUGAGUAUUUCAACAAUAAAUUUGUGCAUGACAUCAUUAAUACACAUGUGGACAUACUUUUUUACUCUCUGUGAUAUUAUCUUUCUUAUAAGGGCAUUAUAUCGUUUAAGUGAUCAUUUAAACCAAGUUUUGAUGCAUGAUUCUCUUAAUGCUUAUCAGCAGAAACAAGCAGCACAAUAUUUAACAGAUAUGCAUUGCUAAGAUACACAAUUACCACAAAAGUAUUGUAAAAUUUUGUAUACCCUGUGCUGCUGCCAUAUCACAUAGAUUUGACUUCAAAACUUUCACUUAUUGUGACAUAUGAAAUGACACUGUGUACUAUCACAAUGUAAAUGUUUAAAUAAAAGGGGUCGAGUGUGACAAAUUUCUGACGAGAUAUAUUAUGAUGAUUAAUGAAGUUGUCCUGCUAAUACAAGUUGACGACUUAGUAAUAUAAGAGUCUUGCCAAAACACAAUAUCUUGUCAAAUUUCGUCAUAGGCCAAUUUCAUGAGUAAAAUCAAAACCACUUUUUAAAUAUACAUGUAAUAUGUGAUUAUGCUUAUAUAUAUCGUUGCUGUUGCCUGUUUUUACCUGUUUAUAGAGGAAGACACACUUGGAAAACAAUCAAGAAUUCCACUGCACGAAAUGCUGGGUAUUUUUGUGUUUAUUUCCUACGUUAUAUUUAUUACGUGUAUUUUUUGUACAUAUUUUCAACCUGCAUUGUAAGAUAUGCAUUAUGGCGAUAAUGUUAUUAUGAAAAUAAAUGCUUUUAUGUGGAACGAA